AUGGCUUUGCUUUUCAAAUUAAUGAUUUUAUAUUCAGUAUUCUCUAAUACCGACUCGCUUAGAGUAUUAGUCUACUCUCCAGCUUAUGCAGCAAGCCACACAAAUUUUAUGGCAAGGCUAGCAGAUACUCUCACAGAAGCUGGACAUAAUGUAACAUUUUUCACACCGAUUAUUGAUGAAUCCCGAAAAGAUCAGUUCGGUGUGAAGCUCACAAAGGAUGUUCUAAUAUUGGAGCAAGACGAGCAAGUUAAGCGAAAUCCAGUGACAAUUGACAAUGAUAUGAAAUAUUUCUGGACAACGGACGUGACUUCUGCUAAUGGACAUAAAGUUAUGGGAACACUUCAUAAACAAGCAAUUUUCACUUGUGAAAACGUAUUUAAACAUCAAGAGCUGAUCGAUGAACUAAGGUCCAGAAAUUAUGACAUUGGUUUAGCGGAGCCCCUGAUGACAUGUGGACUCGCCCUGUUUAGGCAUAUUGGAAUCGAAAAAGUAAUGCUAACAACUUCGUGUACUAACUAUGAUAUUCUGCUUCCAGCUACAGGGGAGCCAGAGGAUACUAGUUAUAAUCCGUCCAUGAACUCACAAGUGACGGAUGUUAUGAGCUUCUGGCAACGACUUGAAAACUAUGAUCUGUACCACGUAAUGAUCCCAACGUUCGAAACUAUUUUUGACGAUGAAGCAAACGUUUAUCGAAAAUAUUUGGGUGAGAGCUUUCCUGACUGGAGAGAUCUGAUUCCUGAUGCCUCGCUACAUUUUACAAAUUCAAUUCCAUUCCUGGAUUUUCCGCGUCCCUCAAUCCAGAAAACAAUCGAAAUUGGGGGAAUUGCAGUUGACAUUGAAUCUAUUCCUCCUGUCAAUGAAGAAUUUUCCAAUAUUUUGGACAAACGCCCAAUGAACAUGCUGAUUUCUUUUGGGUCAUUGGCUAGGUCCACAGAGAUGCCGAUCAUUUUUAAGGAAAACUUGCUGAGGGUGUUUCAGUCUGAGCCAAAUUGCACAUUCAUCUGGAAAUAUGAAUCUGAUGAUGUGGCGUUUGCGAACGACGUGGAAAAUGUGAUAUUUGUGAAAUGGAUGCCUCAAACCGCAAUUUUGAAAGACAACCGCCUCACAGCAUUCCUGACACAUGGCGGAUUGGGUAGCACAAAUGAAGCUGCAUUCCUUGGGAAACCGAGUGUUAUGUUCCCUAUAUUCGCUGAUCAAUCACGUAAUAGCAAUAUGCUGGGCCGCCAGGAAAUGUCGAUAGUUCUGCAUAAAAGUGAUCUCGGAAACUUCCAAAAAAUCCGUGACGCUUUCCAUGAAAUUCUUCACAACGAAAAAUAUCAUCUAAAUGCUCGAAAAGUGGCCGAUAUGGUCAGAAAUCAGCCAGCCAAGCCAAGAGAUAUUUUUGUGAAGCAUGUCGAAUUCGUGGGAAGAUUCGGCCCACUUCAUCAUAUGACUCCGUACAGCCUGAAAAUGCCAUUUUAUCAAAGAUAUCAUUAUGACAUUUUUAUAUUCAAAUUUCUGACAAACUACUUUAUUCCCGUUGUAUUCUUGUUAUGUGUGACAAAAUUAAUAUUUUCAAAGUUUCAAUUGAAAAAAAUCAAAUAGUUUUUGCUCUUUCGGGUAUAUUUUAAUUCCUCCAUAAAUAGUUUCAAAUAAAUUCUAUUUGUAAU